AUGGGUGCCAAUACUUCAAAGCGGACCACAAAUGAGAAUGGUUCAGAUGGUGACGGAUUGACUGUCAAACAAGUUGGUGCUGUCAAGUUGCGAGAAGCUGUAAAGAAAGGACAGAACCUUCCCCCGUUCCUCACGUCAGACGAUAUAUAUCAUUCGACUCAUACUAUUCCCAAUUGGAGAGUAAGGAUAUCGAUAUCCGAUUUGAGGAGGAAAACGGGUCCUAGAGCUAGCAAGAAUGAAGAGGAGGAGAAUUUCCAUCAACAUCAUUUGACUGUUGCGAUGCGAGUCAAUAGAAUAUGUUAUACUAUCGCAGGACCUAUUCUAUACAGUCGCGUCAUAACAAUUCGACCUGAUUCAUUCCUCUCACAUGUCAAUCCACCUAUCUCAAAUCGAUUAUCCAAAAUUGAAUUAUUCCAAUACAUCCAUCGAAUGGAUAUUGGUUAUUCCCCUACAGAUAUUGAUGAAUCAGAUAUCAAUCCACCGUUGACCAGAUCUGAUAGAGCCAUAGCUGCAGGAGCAGGUUUAUUCGGACUGGGAAAUAGUAGAGAUGGUUUAUAUAAUGGUCCUACAUUGAUUCGAGAUAUGGAUAUCGCUCAUAGAACUACUUUUUUAUUGAAAAACCUUCAAGAAUCAAUCCUACCUGAUCAUCAACAUCAGGGGAUGAAGCUGUUUGGGAAUUUGCAAUCCAUCACCAUUGGAUCUUUUGGUCAAACGCCUUACUCAAGAUGGGAUGUAGGACAUAGAUUUCUCUCCAAUGAUCUAAAUCGAUAUCGACUAUCUUCUUCAUCAUCAUCAUUUUACUUCAGUAAAUUGAUAUCUACUUUCUCAAUGUCAAUGUCAGCAUCGACAAUGCAAGAACCUGCUUUGUCAGAAACAUUGUCUAGAAAGAAUGAGGAACAAAAUGAAUUGAUCAAGAUAAGAUACAGGUUUGGCAAUGAAUUUAUGAAAAAUUGUUCACCCGAACACAUCUGUGUCGAUAAUUUUUCAGGUCCCUUAUCAAUCAAUGAUCCUCUAUCUUCACCGUCACCGUCACUUGGACUGAAAAGCUAUACGAUCCACAUCACUCAAUCAAUUGUAGAUAACGGUCUGAAGACAUUCCCAGUCGUUACUGGAAUAAUCAACAGAUGGAUCAUUCAUCCCGAAGCAUGGGAUAUAUGGAGGGGAAAUACAUAUCGUUGGUUGGACGCUUUAAUCAGUUUCUUAUUUAUGGAUGGUAUACCGAAAUUCAGCAACACAAAGGUAAUCAUAUAUGGUGCAUUAGAUCGACAAAGAAUUGAUAAAGAAUUUCCUUCUUUGGUGGAAGAUUGGGAUGAUAAUUGGGAAUGGGAAAAAAAGAAAUCCAAAGUCAUUACUUGGAUAUUUGGUUGGGCUAUAGUACUGAAUCUUGCAGGAUUCGUUACCUUGGCGGAAGAAGGGGAAGUCGUGUGUGAUGCUUGUGGAUGUAGGUAUGGAGGAGUUGAUUUAUGA